CGCUAUUUCUGUUUUCAUGAAAUUUAUUAAAUGCAGUUUUUGUGUCGCCUCUGCGGAGUAGUGACAUCAUAUAGGGAUUACUUCUCCGUCGUCUGUCUGUCUGUCUGUCCGUCCGUCACAAAACUUGUCCUGACUACUUUUCAUAAACUACUAGUGCAAUUUCAUCCAAACUUUACAGGAAUGAUCAGUACCAAGUCUAGUUGUGUACUGUCCGUCUGUCUGUCCAUUUGUCACAAAACUUGUCCCAACAUGAAAUUGGCCAUCACGAGGCGACGCAUGUGAUCACUGAUCGCUCUUGUAUAAGGUAUUGAAAGGAUUAACAGAAUUUCCACAAAGUUAAUAUAUUAUUACAAAUGUUUACUAACAGUUGCUUGUUCCUUUCUUCCUUUUUAAACAGUGAUUACCAAGUGGUACUGGCAGAAAGCAACAACAACAACAAAAACACUGUUGAGCAGAGGUACGGAUACAAAUAUGUGUGUGUGAAGAAAUAUGUUGUGAUUUGUAGAAGCAUGUGUGAAACCACUCAUAAAAAAAACUAUUGCUUUGAAAAUUGUGAUCAUUUAUUUUCCUUCGUAAUUUUCUUAGUGCACUGAAACAUCAUUUUUACUAACCAGUGAGUUAAAGUUUUGUUUGUGAAUGUUCCUGUAUUGGAAAACGCGAACUCAAAGUUAAAAAGAAAUUAUUUUAUCAGUCAUUGUAGAAAAUUAGUAACCUCAAAAUACACUUGUCAAUACAGUGUGUCGGUGUGUUUUAAAUAAUUUCCUGGUAGAUUCAAUCUUCAAGUAUAUAUAACAAUGUCGACUACUGAGGAAAAUUUUAUAUGCAAAAUAUGCGACUGCUUACUUGAGGAUAGCAGUAGUCUUAAAAUACAUUUGACAAUUCACACUGAUAAAAAGAGUCAUGAAAAUGCAAUAUGCCACCGUUCAUAUUCGCAAAGUAGUCAUCCUAAAACAAAUAGAACAAUACACAUUGAAGAUAUGAAUCAUGAAUGUGAAAUAUGUGUACACAAAUGUCAUCUUAAAAAGCACAUGAAAAAAUACACUGGUGAAAAGAAUUAUGAAUGUGAAAUGUGUGAAUAUUCCACUUUGCACAAAGGUGAUCUUAAAACGCACAUAAGAGUACAUACUGGUGAAAGAAAUUAUCAAUGUGAAAUAUGUCACCGUUCAUUUUCUCAUAGCAGUUCUCUUAAAAGACAUAUGACAAUACACAAUGGUGAGAAGAAUUAUCAAUGUGAAAUAUGUCAUAGUUCAUUUACUCAUAGCAGUAAUCUUAAAAGACAUAUGACAAUUCAUACUGGUAAUAAAAAUUAUGAAUGUAAAAUAUGUCUGCGUUCAUUUUCUCAGAGCAGUAAUCUUAAACAACAUAUGAAAAUACACACUGGUAUGAAAAUACACACUGGUGAGAAGAAUUAUAAAUGUGAAAUGUGUGAAUAUUCCACUUUGCACAGUAGUAGUCUUAAAACGCACAUGCAAAUACAUACUGUUGAGAAGAAUUAUGAAUGUGAACUUUGUCACCGUUCAUUUUCACAAAGUGGAACUCUUAAAACACAUAUGACAAUACACACUGGUGAGAAAAAUCAUAAAUGUGAAAUAUGUCAUAGUUCAUUUUCUCAUAGCAGUUCUCUUAAAACGCAUAUGACAAUACACACUGGCGAGAAAAAUCAUAAAUGUGAAAUAUGUCAUCGCUCAUUUUCUCGAAGAAGUAAUCUUAAAACACAUAUGAAAAUUCAUACUGGUGAUAAAAAUUAUGAAUGUAAAAUAUGCCAGCGUUCAUUUUCUCAGAGCAGUAAUCUUAAAAGACAUAUGACAAUACACACUGGUGAGAAGAAUUAUAAAUGUGAAGCAUGUCGUACUUCAUUUUCUCGAAAUGGGUAUCUUAAAAGACAUAUGACAAUACACACUGGUGAGAAGAAUUAUAAAUGUGAAGCAUGUCGUAGUUCAUUUUCUCGAAGUGAGGAUCUUAAAAGACAUAUGACAAUACACACUGGCUAGAAGAAUUAUAAAUGUGAAGCAUGUCGUAGUUCAUUUUCUCGAAAUGGGUAUCUUAAAAGACAUAUGACAAUACACACUGGCUAGAAGAAUUAUAAAUGUGAAGCAUGUCGUAGUUCAUUUUCUCGAAAUGGGUAUCUUAAAAGACAUAUGACAAUACACACUGGCUAGAAGAAUUAUAAAUGUGAAGCAUGUCGUAGUUCAUUUUCUCGAAGUGAGGAUCUUAAAAGGCAUAUGACAAUGGACACUGGCGAGAUAAAUCAUAGAUGUGAAGCAUGUCAUCGUUCAUUUUCUCAAAGAGGUACUCUUAAAACGCAUAUGACAAUUCAUACUGGUGAUAAAAAUUAUAAAUGUGAAAUAUGUCAUCGUUCAUUUUCUCAAAGAGGUAGUCUUAAACAACAUAAUUAUGACAAUACACAAUGGAGAGAAGAAUCAUCAAUGUGAAAUAUGUCGUCGUUCAUUUUUUCACAGCGUUAAUCUGAAAAAAACACAUGAUAGUACAUGCUGGUGAGAAUUUAAGAAUCAUAAAUGUGAAAUAUGUCAUCGUUUAUUUUUUCACAGCGUUAAUCUGAAAAAACACAUGAUAGUACAUGCUGGUGAGAAUAAUCAUAAAUGUGAAAUAUGUCAUCGUUUAUUUUUUCACAGCGUUAAUCUGAAAAAACACAUGAUAUUACAUGCUGGUGAGAAGAAUCAUAAAUGUGAAAUAUGUCAUCGUUUAUUUUUGCACACACUUGGUGAGAAUUAAGAAGUAUGAAUGUGUAAUAUGCUAUCGUUCUUUUACGAGUAAUUAUAGCCGAAAUAAGCAUAUGAAUAUCCAUACUAACAAAAUUACAUAUAAUGCAAAUAUUGCAAUUUCGAGGGAGAAAGAAAAACAUACGAGAACACACACAAAUGAGUAACUUUAUGAAUGUGAUACGUGUGGAGUUCUGUACAUAUAGCGCAGACAAUCAAUUACUUGAUAUG